AUACAGAUGUAAAUGAAUGUAGCAAUAAUUCACUCAACAAUUGUUCACCAAAUGCUGAUUGUCACAACUUUGAUGGUGGAUACAACUGUAGUUGUAAGUCUGGCUUUACUGGAGAUGGUGCAAGUUGUAAAGAUGUUGAUGAGUGUUUACAAAUGAAUUAUCCUUGUUCAAAUUUGGCUACUUGCAAAAAUACAGUUGGAAAAUUUGUUUGUACGUGUUCUGAUGGAUUCAAGGGAAACGGGUCACAUUGUACAGAUAUUGAUGAAUGUUCCGAUCAGACAGAUACAUGCUCAGAAUUUGCUAACUGCAUCGAUAAUUUUGGUGGAUACAGUUGUGCCUGCAACGAUGGCUUUGUAGGGGACGGCUUCAAGUGUUUAGAAAAACCAAUGGUUGAUUAUAAAACUGAAGUUCCGGUGAAACAGAAUGAGUUGUAUGGACCUUAUUUCAUAAACCUAAAAAUUACAGUUUUUAAUCUUAUCUAUCAGAAUAUUUAUGUUAGUGUCAAUGGUUACAUUGCUUUUGGUGAAAAAAGUUAUGCACAACCAGAUGGAACUUUCCCUGCAGCCUCUCCUGUUUUGGCUCCGUUUUGGACUGCUUUCGACGUUGCUGCCCCUGGCAAAAUAUUCAUUGAUAGUUAUGAAUAUUGUAAAGAUAAAGCAAUAUUAAAUAGAAUUGGUAACAUGAUAUCGUCUGCCUUUCAUGCUAAACAUGCUGUUGUUGUGACAUGGGAAAAUCUUUCCCCUUAUCCUGCAUCUGAAUUUGGAAAUGAAACCAUCACAUUCCAAAGCAUUCUGGUUUCAAAUGGAACAUUCUUCUAUGCUAUCUUUAACUAUGACAAAGACAACGUAAAGCUAAAUGCAGAAGCUAAUCGAGAUAUUUUGGUUGGCUAUGGCGAUGGUAAAGGUGGAUCUACUGUUUUUGCUCAGGAUAAAAAAUUCUUCAACUUAUUAGAGGCAGGAAAUGAAGUCUAUGGAUUGAGAAAAACAUUUAAAAUGGGAAACAGAACUGAAAGUUCCUUGAAUUGUUUGGAGUGGCAUUGUAAAAGUGAAAAGCAGUUUCAUAUUGACUCUUUUGCAAUUCCAUGUCCCUGUACACUGCAACAAGCACAGUUAGAUCUUACUUUUAAAGGUGUAACCGGAAAUACAUGUUAUGAAAACCGUUUCCCUAUAAAUGGUACAAUACAGCGCUGUUGUUAUUCACAGGCUGAGAAGGCUCUUUUGAAAGACUAUCCUGACGGUGGUUUUAUAUACAACACAAAUGGAUCUUUUUCUGAUGGUCAACGAUAUUGUUGUAAAGACUAUCCAUUAUGUAAUCUGUUUUAUGACAUUCAUCCAUCUGACACCUGUUCAAAGUAUCAAGUUCCAGGGACUGUAUUUGUGUUAGACCCCUUGGUUUUCAAGAUGAUAAACAAGAAGUGGUAUAGUUUUUAUGGCGCAGGAGAAUAUACGUUAUUAACGGUUAAAGCUCCAUGGUUUGACACAAGUGUUACAAUUCAAGCACGUGUAGAAAUGGAAGACAAUGACCAAUUCUCAAAAAUACCAGUCUACACAGCCUUUGCUAUCAAGUCUGAAAAUGCAGUUUUGGAAAUAAGUGAGAAAGGAAAUGUGUUGAUUGAGAAUAAUACUGACAACAUAUUUGAAAAAGAAAACAACAUCAUCUUCUUUAACAACAUGCAUUUAGAGAUUAUUUCUGUUAAUGAUUCCAUGGGAAUAAUUUUGACCCUUCCACACUAUUUACAACAACCAUAUUUAUUAUCUGGUUUACUAACUGGAAAGAUGCCAAAUGGACAAGCGAUUGAUCCCUCAUCUGAAAGGGAUGUGUAUAGAAUUUGGGAAGCUUGUCGAGUGAAAGAAAAAGAUUCUCUUUUAAAUUACACACAUAAGAAUUACAGCAGCUUUAAUUCCUACAGUAUCUCAGAAGACCAGUUUAUUGAAAUUCUUAGUAACCUUACCAAUUUAGUUAACAGUAUUAACACUACAUGUCAAGACAAUGAUAUGUUUUGCGUCUGUGCUGCUGUUCUACACAAACCUAACCUUGCUAACCACACUAUGCUAUAUAAACCAGAAUAUUUUGAAAGAAUCGAAAAUUUUCCUCCAUUUCUACAAGAUACAAUGAAUGAAUUGUAUUUGACAUCAGGAAAUAAUACAAUCUUUUUGGAAGCAGCCGAUCGCAAUAAUGAUAGCAUCAAUCUUGAAAUUGAAGUAAACAAUUCUAAAAAUACAUUUGAUAGUAGUAAUUUGAAUUGGACCCUAAAUCUAGAUGGUUCACCAACAGAGUUGAAAGUUUGGGCAAAGGAUAGUCGUGGUGCUACAUCCUUAUACUGGCCAGAGAUAUUUUUCUGCACGUGUAAGGGAAAUGGAAUCUGUAAAAAACAAAGCAAAUCAGAACGGAUGGUUUCUGCAAAAAAUCUAAUACGUUUCUAUGGCCUGCGUUGUACAUGCUCUGAAGGUUACACUGGAGCAGACUGCAAUACUAUGAUUGACAUGUGCACCACUAAACCUUGCUAUCAUGGAGUCAGUUGUAAUUCUUCGCUCGGAGAACAGGAGAUGUGUGGAUCUUGUCCAACUGGCUUGAGUGGAAAUGGCCGGGUUUGCUAUGAUAAAGAUUUCUGUUCAAAAGGAGUUUGUAGUCAGAAGUGCAAAGACAAUAUUGGGGAUACUUAUGUUUGUUCUUGUAGAAAUGGUUAUAAACUUGCUGCUGAUAAUAAAACAUGUGAAGAUAUUGAUGAAUGUGCUAUGCCAUCUAAAUGUUCUGGUUUUGGUGAAUAUUGUUUCAAUGUUCCUGGAAGUUUUCAGUGUAAAUGUAAGACAGGAUAUGUCUCAAAUAAUGGUACUUGUGAAAUUCUUGCCAACAAAAACAAAUUUUCUGGAUCCAUGUCAAUUAAUCUGCGAGAUAUAACGCAAAUCCAAAUGGCAAAAAAACUGGCUGACAAAUCCAGUGCAGAAUAUAAAACUACUAGUGAAGAAAUGAAAAAAUCAAUACUUGACAAAAUUGGAACAGAUAAUGUAGUUGUAAUUGACGACAUCGUGACGGAUAAAAGCAACCGGACAAAGAGAUCUACUGAUCCUGAAUCCCUGAAAGUCCUUUAUACAGUUUAUGGAAAUGCUAUUGAUCAAACACAACUGGAAAAUUUGCUGAAAAGUAGUUGCGGUGUAGACUGUUGUAACUUCAAUGGUUUAUGUGUUGCCCCGAAUUCUUUACAAAUAAAUGCCCAAGAUAUGUGCAAUGAAAACAUUUGUGAUUCAAUGAGUACAAACUGUACACAAGAGGAAAAGGGUUUUAGAUGUGUUUGUAAACCAGGUUUUGAGACUUCUCCCCAAUAUGACUUGUUUAAAUGUAAAGAUAUUGAUGAAUGCAACACUAUUCAACCUUGUGGAAGUAUCCCUUGCUCAAAUACAUUUGGUGGUUACAAAUGUUUAUGUAAAUCUGGUCAUGUCUUUAAGAAUAAAAGUAAAUCUUGUGUUGACGUGUGUGCUGGCCAUCGUUGUAAAAAGGGAGAUUGUGUAAAGCUUGAAGAGUCUUAUCGAUGCAGCUGUCAUGAUUACUGGACCGGCAAAUAUUGUGAUAAGGAACUGGAAGAAAAGGAGGGUUUUCGCACUGCUGCAAUUGUUAUUGGAGUUGUGCUGGGAAUUCUUUGUCUUCUCUUAAUUGGAGUUAUUGUGUAUAUAAUACGGAAAUACAAGAAGCCAUCAAAAACUGGAAGCAAUUUUACUGAUCCUGCCGAAUUAAGAAGCAGUAAAAAAGUGGACGACAAAGGCAUUGACAUGAGCAAUGUAAAAGCUCAACCCAAUAUAUACUCAAACACAGGAGUGGACAACCAAUCAUAUGAACCAGAUGUAUAAAUAUUUCCACCAACAGAGACGGUAGAUUUACACCCAACAGGAUUCUAAAAUUGUCUUCUUCACUCAAAUUAUGGAGUUUAUAAAGAAUUACAAAUAUAUUAUUGAACAAUAAUCAUCACAUUUUGAACUUUUUUUUACACCUGAUUUCAAAUAUUUUUAUGCAAAUCAUUUUCCUACAGUCAGAAUAUUGACUACUUUACACACACACACACACACCACACACACACACACACACACCACACACACACACACUCACUCUCACACACGCACACACUCUCACACACACACUCACACACACUGCC